AUGGUACUGAUGACAAAGGAUGUGUUUGCGUCAUUAAAGCGCGUUGUUUGCGCUGUGGCCGGUGUCAUUGUGAUACAAAUUGGCCUGGUGUACAUGGCUCUGCUAUCUGUCUUCUACGAGGACCGAGUAAAAGUCAAAGUAAGCCCUUCGGUCCAAUCCGUGUCGCCUUUGCCGUGGUGGGAUGAACUUCAAGGAACAUUGGCCACGAUUGUGGCUUGGUCAGCCGAUGCAAUCCCCUACUUGAGUGCAUGUCUUACAUCCGAGGCCACAAAUCCUCUUAUCGAGAUGUUCCGGUUUGAAUACCCCACUCCAUUUGCUCAGGUGUGGGUACCUGUAACAAGUAAUGGCCUAGAGCUUUCAUGUCAAGUUGCGAAGCAUCAUCAGGAGGGAGGAGCAAAAAACGAGAAAAACAUGACCGUCAUUAUUGUGCCGGGAAUGUUCAACAGCGCCUACUUCUCUCUGAUUGUUUCCCUUGCGUCCAUGAUAUACUACAAGUGGAAAGCCAAUGUGAUUGUCGUCGACCUCAGAGGGCACGGGGAAACGGGCCGCCGUUUCCCCAACGUACCCUUUUCUCUCACGGUUUUGGAAGGACAAGAUCUGUUGCAAGUGGCAAAGUUCGCCAAGAGUACCUUCGGAGAUGAAACAGGGUCCAUUUGCCUUUUGGGUGUUUCUCUUGGAGGGGCUUCCGUUCUUUCUUGUGCAGUGCAAGGAAAGGACUGUUCUACCUUGAUUGCCGCUUGCGCAACUGUUGGUUCACCCAUGGACUUGGAGAACAUGCUUAUUGGGUGGCACGCACGGAACUUCCAUUCCUUUGUGAAUAAAGUUGUCAAACCCUAUUAUGCCAAGGAGUUUGAGCAAGUUUUAAAAACAUCGGAUGAUCCAAGCAAAUUCAGCCCAAUGUGGCGUCUCAAGGACCUGCAGGUGCCUCUUCUCACGGUACACUCUCGGGAUGAUCCUGUUUUAACGCUGGAAGAACCACUACAUUUACAGAAACAAGCAAAGCUUCACAACAAGGACCACUUGGUCCAAAUUAAGCUCUGCGAAACGGGGGGACAUGCAGGGAACCUUCCGUCCAUCAGCGGAGAUAUACAUCGCUUCUUCACUGCCUGUUCCCAUUAG